AUGACCUCCAACAUGACAGACAUUCCUCUUCCCAGCUAUGAGGCAGAAGAGAGCCAGACCUCGAAACUGAUGAAAAAAUCCCGGGAAUCGCCGUUUGUCCCAGUUGGCAUCGCGGGCUUUGCGGCGGUGGUGGCCUACGGGUUGUACAAGCUGAAGCACAGAGGGAACACGAAGAUGUCUGUCCAUCUGAUUCACAUGCGGGUGGCAGCGCAGGGCUUCAUCGUGGGCGCAAUGACCUGUGGUGUGCUUUACUCGAUGUAUCGGGAAUACUUGGCCAAACCCAAACCCUAGGGAAAAGCCAACGGAAGCCUGUGUAUGCUGGUGUUCUUAUGUGCUUGAAUGA